AUGCAAGGGGGCGUGGCUCUAAACUCUGGUUAAUCAUAAAAACACACAGUUAAACCUUGCUCUUCCCCACUCACACCCGGAGUCGCAAGACAGACUGAGGAGUCUCACAAACGAGGACUAAGACAACCCAGGCAAAAUGGUUAAAGUCGGUAUCAAUGGAUUCGGCCGCAUCGGUCGUCUGGUGACCCGUGCUGCUUUCACCUCCAAGAAGGUGCAGAUUGUGGCUAUCAAUGACCCUUUCAUCGACCUGGAGUACAUGCUUUACAUGUUCAAGUAUGACUCCACCCAUGGUCGCUUCAAGGGUGAGGUCAAGAUUGAGGGUAACCAGCUGGUCAUCGAUGGACAGAAAAUCACUGUUUUCCAGGAGAGGGACCCCGCUAACAUCAAAUGGGGUGAAGCUGGUGCAGAGUACGUGGUGGAGUCCACUGGUGUGUUCACCACCAUCGAGAAGGCCUCUGCUCACUUGAAGGGUGGUGCCAAGAGAGUAAUCAUCUCUGCACCCAGCGCUGACGCUCCCAUGUUCGUCAUGGGUGUCAACCAUGAGAAGUACACAAACACCCUCCCAGUUGUCAGCAAUGCUUCCUGCACAACCAACUGCCUGGCCCCCCUGGCCAAGGUCAUUCAUGACAACUUUGGCAUCGUUGAGGGCCUGAUGAGCACAGUUCAUGCCAUCACUGCCACCCAGAAGACUGUGGAUGGUCCUUCCGGCAAGCUGUGGAGGGACGGCCGUGGUGCCAGCCAGAACAUCAUCCCCGCCUCUACUGGUGCUGCCAAAGCUGUCGGCAAAGUCAUCCCUGAGCUCAACGGCAAGCUGACCGGCAUGGCCUUCCGUGUCCCCACCCCCAACGUGUCAGUGGUUGACCUGACAGUCCGUCUGGAGAAACCCGCCAAAUACGACGACAUCAAGAAGGUUGUGAAGGCUGCAGCUGAUGGACCCAUGAAGGGCAUUCUGGCAUACACAGAGGACCAGGUCGUCUCCACAGAUUUCAACAGUGACUGUCACUCCUCCAUCUUUGAUGCUGGCGCUGGCAUCGCCCUCAACGAGCACUUUGUCAAGCUGGUCUCAUGGUAUGACAACGAGUUCGGAUACAGCAACCGUGUCUGUGACCUGAUGGUUCACAUGGCUGCCAAGGAGUAAACCAAACAAGCCAAUCAACUGUUGCACUAUGCCACAUCACCCACAUUGUCCUGCUACCAGAGUUAUACAUUUGCAAUAAGACGUUGUAUUAUCUAUGACUCUGCCUGGUGCCUUCAGAUAGUCGACCCCCAUUAGCUGCCUGAGGGGAACUCCCACAGAGAGCAAAAAGAUUUAAAUUGGUGACCAAUUACUUUUGUAUCUGUUUAAAUUCCCUCUUCUGUUCUUGUGUGAGAGUCUGUCUGUGGUGCUGAAGUACUGCAGUCAGAGGUGGAAUAAAGUCCUCUGUUUUGUGAGA